AGGUGGGGUGGGGCAGAGAUGGUCUGAUAGUUCAGAGCAGCUGCACGACUGUCUGUGUGAAGGAGUAAAGCUUUAUUCUCUUUCUGCCUGCCUAGCUGUCAAGUCCCAACCCAGUCUCUCUGAUUUGCAUCCAUCUCAUUCUCAUCAGGCAGAUUUUGCUAUUGCCGCUGACGCCUCCUCCUCCUCCUCCUCUUCCACUUCUCCCCUUGCAAUUAGCUUUGUGCGUUCAGCCCUAGGGCUUUUCCCUCUCUGUUUCCACCUUCUUUAGGAAGGGGAACGUGUUAUUCCAAGGCCAGUUGACAUGUUCACUUGAGUGUAUGAGCCUACAGAUAUCUGGCGUGCCUGGACUUGGAAAUCAACAUUUGAUAUGAAGACAAAAGACUUGAGACAGCAAGAACAACUUUUUGAAUAGGAGAGAAGAGCAACAUACGAGCAAACAGAACAGUAAGGGAGAAAUCUAUGUUUUAUUGAUCAGUGAAUCUCAAUGAAAUCAGAACGACCUAGCUUUUGGGAAAAAAGCUUUUGAAGCCUCCAAGUUUACUCUGAUCAACUGGUUCUGUCUCUUUUGAUAUUGCUGCUUCUGGAUCAGAAAUUUUCUUUGCUUCAGAGUGGAAUGGUAGAAGAAGGUAGAAGCCGGGGAGAUCCAGCUCCCUGUAGUGGCAGGCAACAGAGAUCCCCACACUUUCUUGCCUCAUCACAGCGGGGCAUUUCAGUGGUAAGCAAAGCAGUAUGGAGUGUGGCACGAACAGGGAAUGGCUGGCAUUUUGAGCAAGCUGUUGGAGUAGAUUGUAGCUUGCCAGAACCUCGCUGCAUCUGGCUGACAAGUUUGCGGAACAACGAUGCUGAAUGUUGGGAGAGACGAUGGCGGCGUGCUGGAGCAAUGAUGGCCUGGCAGAAAUGCCAUGCACGACCCAGGAGGGCCAGGAAGCUCACGCCAAAACUGGUCCAAAGAGAUGGUACAGCCACAAAUGCCAAUGCAGCCCCCGUGGAGUCAUUUCCCUGGGUGGGGCCAAAGACAGUGGUGUUGCACAAAAACCUUCAGGGCGGUUAUGGCUUCACUCUCCGGCAUUUCAUUGUCUAUCCCCCAGAAUCAGCUGUGCACACCAACGUGAAGGAAGAAGAAAAUGGAAACAGAACAGCUCCUCCGCGGAACCGGCUGGAACCCAUGGACACCAUCUUUGUCAAAAAUGUAAAGGAAGAUGGGCCAGCACACCAGGCUGGUCUCCAGACAGGAGACCGUUUGGUUAAAGUGAAUGGUGAAAGCAUCAUUGGGAAAACUUAUUCACAGGUUAUCAGCCUCAUACAGAACUGUGAAGAUGCUUUGGAACUCACCAUUAUGCCAAAAGAUGAGGAUAUUCUGCAACUGGCAUAUUCUCAAGAUGCAUACUUAAAGGGCAAUGAACCAUACUCUGGAGGGGCACAGAGCAUUCCUGAGCCACCACCUAUAUGCUAUCCUCGUAAAAAUUAUCCAUUUCAGUCAAGACGGGAUGUUUCAACAGCUGAAAUUUACCAGGGGCAACAGGUGGAUAAUAGGCAGUCCUACCAUUCAGGGUCCUCAGGCCCAUCUUCUCCUUUGAAUAAUACUGCAGUUCACAAAACUCAUCUAAGUGCCUGGACUGAAUCCAAACAAAAUUUUGCUAGCAACCAUUCCAGUCCUGCCCACUGUACAGAGGAAGUACAGUAUGGAAUGACUCAACGAGCACCUAUUCCCAGGCAUAUCCCAGCUUCUGGUUCUUUCUCCCAGUACCCCAAUAGCAGUUGUCCAGGUUCUGUAAUCUCCCCCUCACCUUACAUUCCUCCGACUUACUCUAUGCCCAACCAUAGCUGUUAUGGACCCCCCAAACAUCUUCCUGAUCAUCACUCACAUGGUGGAUUGAAGGAUGCACAUCGUGAGGGCAGGCCCUCACGGGAAUGCAUUCGAGCUGGACCCAAAUCUAUUAGCCAUCUAGAAUGCCAGCAGGCCUUGUCCAAUUGGAUCUCAAGUCAAGUACCACGGCGAAGCUCUUCAGAGGAGCGGUGCAGUGCUAUGCCACCUCGUUACCGAAGUGUAUCACAAGACCAUCUGGGAGAUGUUCCAUCCUCCCGAGGAUGGUCUCAUAGUGCUUCCCAAGAAACUUUAAUCCAGUCUUCAGCUCAUGAUAACUGGAGCUACCGUGCAAGAUCAGAUAACUAUCUCAUGAAAUAUGGGCAAUCCAUGGAAGCUCUUGAACAGGCUGACUUGGUUUCUCCUAGUUAUGGGAGGUGCAUAUUGCCAUCAGACAGGUUUUACCAGCAUGGGCAAAUUAACCGAGCCCAGCCUAAUCAUCCAAGUACUUGUAUUCCUUCUGCCUCUUCCAGAGAUCCUCCCUCUAUACAUGUGCAAAAACAUCCUUCUCAGCCCAACCUCCAGAGCAUUGAUGACUCUGGUUAUAUUGGCUACCGAAGCUACAGCCCUUCAUUCCAGCGUCGGACUGGCUUGCUCCAUGCUCUUUCUUUCCGUGAUGCUACUUUUGGUGACCUUCCAACAUUUAAUAUUUCUCAAAGGCAAUUGAGUCACUCAACACCAUCCUAUGUUGAGAAAGCUUUACCUACUGCUCUGCUUUCAAGUGCUCCUUCUACUUGUCCAGACCCUUUUGUGGCCAGCAACCCAGAGAUCCUAAUGGACCAAAGAUCAGCUAAACAGGAGAAUGAUAUGAAAUCUUUUGAGCAGAUUUCUUCAUCUCAAGCUAUAGAACCAUUACAGUCUGAUGCUGAGGAGAGAAAAGAUGAGGUGGUUCUUCGACAAAAGCCCCCAACUGGACGUAAAAUGCCUCCUCCUGCAAGACAGAUGAAUUUUGUCUUCCCCAGUGAUUUAAAGGAAACAGACAUUUGUGAUCCACCGGCGCUGGCAGCCAAUAAAGAAAACAAGAGGGGUGUGGCCCCUUUGGCUACACCAGAGGAUUCACUUGCAUUCAUCCCAUUUAUUGAUGAACCGACAAGCCCCAGCAUUGAUCUGAAGGCAAAGCACAUCCCUGCUUCCUCUGUGGUUUCCAGCGCCAUGAAUUCUGCCCCAGUGCUCUCUGCUAGCCCUUCUUCACCUACUUUCACCUUUGCCAUGAACCGCCAUUAUUCCCAGGAUUGCAGCAAUAUCAAAGCCAGCCGACGAUCUUCCUACCUCUUAGCCAUAACCACAGAACGCUCCAAGUCAUGUGAUGAUGGUCUGAACACAUUUCGGGAUGAGGGAAAACUUUUAAGGAGGUUGCCAAGCCGUGUGCCUAGCCUACGUAUGUUAAGAAGUUUCUUUACUGAUGGGUCUUUGGAUAGCUUGGGUACCUCUGAAGACACACGUUCAAAGAGGCAUUCCACCUCUGAUCUUUCGGAUGUUACUUUCAGUGAUGUGAGGAAAGAGGGCUGGCUCCACUAUAAACAGAUCCUCACCAAAAAAGGCAAAAAAAUUGGCGGAGGCAUCCGGCAGUGGAAACGGGCCUUUGCUGUCCUGCGUGCACACUCACUCUACUUAUGCAAGGACCGAAGGGAGGCUGUGGCCCUUGCCCCGCCCCCAGGUGAGGAGGAGCAGCCACCAAUCAGCAUCCGAGCGUGCCUGGUAGACAUCUCCUACAGUGACACCAAGAGGAAGCACGUCUUCCGGCUGACGACCGCUGACUUCUGUGAAUGUCUCUUUCAGGCUGAGGACCGGGAUGACAUGCUGGCCUGGAUUAAAGCCAUCAGGGAGAGUAGCAAAGCCGAGGGCGAGGACCCUGGGUUUGCAAGCCAAGCACUGAUCAAUAAGAAACUAAAUGAUUACCGAAAAGUGAGUUCUUCAGGGACCAAACCAGAUUCUUCCCCCAAAGGACUUCGAGUGUCAGGGAUGAAGUCAGAAGGGCAGAAGCAAACAGGAAUAGCUCCACCCUACUCCCCACGGCAGGAUGGAGUAACAGUAAAAGAUGACAGUAUUCCCCAGAAAGCUCCUUGGGGCAUCAACUUAAUGAAGAAGAGCAAGAAACCUGUUCCAAGAGCUUUUGGUAUAAGGUUAGAAGACUGCCAGCCAGCUCCUGACAACAAGAAAAUCCCCCUGAUUGUAGAAGCCUGUUGCAAAGUAGUGGAAGACAAAGGUUUGGAAUAUAUGGGCAUCUAUCGAGUCCCAGGGAACAAUGCUGUGGUAUCCAGCCUACAAGAACAAUUAAACAAAGGGGCAGCAGAAAUCAACUUGCAAGAUGAGAGAUGGCAAGACUUGAAUGUUAUUUGCAGCCUCUUGAAGUCCUUCUUUCGGAAGCUCCCAGAGCCACUAUUUACCGAUGAUAAGUACAAUGACUUUAUUGAAGCCAACCGGAUUGAAGAUGCCAGUGAAAGGAUGAAGACCUUACGCAAACUGAUCCGGGAUUUACCAGGCCAUUAUUAUGAGACCCUUAAGUUCCUAGUGGAACACCUCAAGACAAUUGCAGAUCAUUCUGAGAAGAAUAAGAUGGAGCCGCGAAAUCUUGCCUUGGUAUUUGGUCCCACCCUAGUUCGAACGUCGGAGGAUAACAUGACUGACAUGGUGACACAUAUGCCUGAUCGCUAUAAAAUUGUGGAGACCCUCAUACAACACUCAGACUGGUUUUUCAGUGAUAAGGAAGAAAAAGGUGAAAAGACCCCUAUAGAUGAACAAGAGGCCCAAUCAAUGCCAAAUAUUGAGUACCUUCUGCCCAACAUUGGAAGAACAGCAGCAUCAGGGGAUGCUUCAGAUUCAACUAAUAGUGGAUCAACGAAAUCAAAGGUUUCAUGUGGCUCACGGAAAGAGCACUACCAUAAAGAGAUGCUUGCCAUCUCCUUCAUCUCAGCUGUCAACCGCAAGAGGAAGAAGCGGAGAGAGGCCAAGCGUUUUGGGAGCAGCACAGAUGAUGAUUCUGAGCAUGAGUCAGCUGUCAAGAGAGAGGAGGAGGAGGAGAAAGAAGUGGCUCAGGAGGAAGAAAGAGAGGCUGAAAGAUUUGAGAGCAGCAGCAGAGCUCCAGUUCCUGAUGUGCAGGAUGUCUUCCAAAGCCAGGCAAAACUAGAAGCAGAGCAAGUAGAAAGAAAAGUGGCACCCCGAGGAAGCCCAGAGUUGGCCCUGGAUGCCCGCUCAAUUGUAUCAGGUUAUUCCACCCUAUCUACCAUUGAUCGCAGCCUAUGCUCUGAGGUGCAGUCAGUAGCAGAGAGCCGUGGGGAGGAGGCAGAUGAUGAACGGAGUGAAUUUAGCCAUGUGGAGACAGAUACUGAGAAUAGCUUUGUGCCAAAGCAGCCUGGGAUGCUUCCCAAAGGAGCUGGUGUGGCAAUAGUGGAGGAAGGGGGGGCUGCUGCAUCUGAAAAGAUAUCACACAACCGAACCUCCUUUAGUUCCCAUCACCUCAUGCAGUGUGACACUCUGGCCCGGCGCAAGCUUUUGCGGCCCCGACACAAUAGUGAGUCAUCUUCCAAGGGUAGCACUGAUGUCCCAAGUUCCAGCUCCCCAGGUAGUCAAGAGUCCCUACAGCCUGUGGGUGCCCCUGAGGUCCAUACCCGGCUUUCCCUCACAGAACAACUUCGACUCCGCCUCCGUGGCUCUGCAGAUGACAUGCUGGCAGUGCGCCUGCGAAAGCCACACUCACCUGAGACACGGCGCAAGAAGAACAGUUGGCGGCGCCAUACUGUGGUGGUCCCUGGUGGUCUCAAAGACCUCAAUUAUGAGUGGAAGGAACAACAUGUAUUGGGGACUACUGAGGCUGGUCCACUAGACUCCUCGAAUAGAGGUGCGCUAAGGGACAACAAAGACUCUGGGCUUAGCAGCCUAGAGUCAACCAAAGCUCGGUCUUCCUCAAUCACACCAGGGAACAUGGCAGUUCUUAACCAGCAGAGUGAGCCACAGCAUCGUAAAGGCAGCUCUGAGGGGCGUUCAGCUCCCCGACGUACAGCCUCUUUACGUUUCCACCAAUGUCUUUAGAUAGCCUUUCGUUGAAGCUCUUGUAGAAUGGAUGAAAGGAAAACUUGGUUUGCCCAUAGUAAUAACCUUGUCUUAGAAUGGAGGAGGGUGCUCAUAGGUGCAGUCACACUUGAAAGUUCCUAGUACUGGCCUUACUUUGUCUUUUUUGAUACCUCGAUCUGCCGUGGAGCAUGAGACUCUCCUCCUACCUACUCCAUACCUAGCUUUGCUUUCUAAUUCCCCCUGAUAUUAAUUUAAUCACACCAAGGUUUUGUGAUUUAUGAAUUUAUUUAUUCUCAUCUUUCCUUAUCUCCAGGAUGGCAGUCAAAAACAAAACAAAAAGCUGAGGUAGGUCUGAUAUAAGGAGGGUCACUCAUUCAGCCCAUAGAAAGAUCUUGAUUUGGAAUUGACCAGAAUUAUCCAGUGGAUAGGAUAAGUAGCUUCAUCCCUGAUUUAAAAUACUAGGUCUGCAAUUAAGGGAUGUUUUUAGAAUUCCUCCAGUUAAUUAUCUCUUAACUAUCUCCUAAUUUUCACCAGUCCAUGGUACUUCUUUUCUGUAUUUAUCUGAAAGAGGGCUUGGAACUGGGCAAAUCAGAUCAGAAAUAUUCAUGAAUUGAGCCCACUUCCAUUUAAUCUCUGCUGUGGGUUCACAUGUACAUGAUGGAUUCCUCUCUAUUCAAAGUUCCUCUCACUGUUAUCUAAGUGGCAGUUGAUGAUGUUGGGAGGUUUUGAAUGUUCCCCUAAAAAUACCCAUUACUCCUUUUCUACCUUUCCUCUAGAAAAGCAAAUUCCCAAAUCUUCCAUCUAUCAUGCCUUGGCCUUUGUCAGGUUCCUUCAGGGAGGGCUGUAUCAUCUUGACUUCUAGCACAUGCAUCAAAAUUUUGUAGAUAUAAACAAACUCAGGAUUAUGUAUGGUAUAGUCUCAGCGUGCACUUGAGACUGUUUCAUGUGAAAACUGCAGAGCUAUAAUGGUCCCCAAAAGGUGCAUAAUCUGUCAAAUUUAAAGGGCACUGCUGUUCUCCUCCUCCUACUAAAGUGAUGUCAUUUCUAAUUCCCAAAAGUCACAAAAAGAUCUAUAACAUCAGACUAUCUGAUAUAUUGCAGCUUUGGCUUUGAAAGCUUUGGCUGCAGUAAAUCUGCUGGUAUUUAAUAGCAUCUCAAAAUGCUUUGGUUUUGUUGCAAGAUUAACAUGAUAUAUAUGUAUAAACUGAUGAUAUGAAUUCUAAAUGAUACAGAACUAAAUGGUACAACUCAGUGUGCCUUUAAGAAUAUAGUCCAAUUUUUGCUUGGCUGAUCUAAGAUUUUCCUGUAAGUCUUAGCUACGGAUGCAAACUUUUUCCAGAUUGAUUUUUCCUUUCAGGCUGUGACAGUAUCCCCAUUUGAAUAGCACUCUCUGCUCCUAUCCUCUCAUAACGGAUAGUACAGUCCAGGGGAAACAGGAUGUGAUUAACACCCAAUAACACAAUACUAUAUGCAGAAUUCAUGAAGGCAGUAUUUUAGGGAGAAAAUUAGUUUAUGCAAAUGAUAAUUGUGUGGAGUGAAUCACCUGCUAAGGUGGCAUAUGUGUACUAUGUUUUAGUUAACAAUGCUUUUCCAUGUAACUGCCUGUGUUUAGUGGGGAAAGAAUGAGUACAGGCGCUAUGUGAUUUUGGGGUUUGGGAAAAGAGCAAGAAGAAAUAGCGGACAAAUACACCAGGGCCCUGUGCAGAAGUGCCAAAAAGCAGUCUCAGUGAUUUUUUAAAAAUUUCUUUUAGGAUUUCCAAAGCGUAAGUUGACAUGAUUCCAUUCAAGCCUGUUAUGAUGAAGGGCUGAUGUCAAGUCCGUGCCAUCUUCUGCUUUACUGGUAUCUUCCACAACUCACUGUCUCUCACAAAAGAGCAAUAUUUGAUUUUUCAUGGUGCUACAUUUAUUUUCAACAAUGUCUUUCUCUUAGUUUUCUCAAUAUACUACAUGGAAGUAAACCAAGGAGCCAUUUUAUUACAUGUUGCAGAUCAAGUAGGGUUUCCAUUUUGCUAUUCCUUCAAAAUGAGAGACUUACAUUUGUUUCUAUCUUGUGGAUAUAAAUGAUUCCCAUGCCUUAUGUCUCUGUAGAAUUUUAUUUGGUCAUAAAAGCAGGAAGUACUUUUGUGAUGAAUAAAUAUGAGAGAUGAUCUUUUAAGAUACAUGUUUUGGUGUGUAAUAGUUAAUACUUCACCCCUUGUGCCUCAAAAUAAAAUUGUUACCCCUUUGGAAAUAGUUGCAUAACCCUUAAGAAAAAAAAGGUUGCUGUGAAAUAACUUUUUCCACUUUCCUAUCAAGACUCUUUUAAUACUUGCUUAUAUUUUAACUGAAAAAGAAAAUGAAAAAGGCAGUUUUGUGGGAACCCAAAUCAAAAUCUUGAUAUUCUUGAAAUUCAGUGGGUAUUGCAGAGCAAACUGCUGUGUAUAGCAUAGUCUACAUCAAAAGUACUUUCUCCUCCUUGCAAAAAAUAAUAAUAGAAAAAAUGGCAAAUUUCUCUUAAAUUUCAGUAUUUGCAGAUACAUUCCAAAAUCAUUAUCACUGAAUGAAAAGAAAAUAUCAUUUUCAUGGAAAUAACUGUCUUAUUACAGGUUGUGUUGUUUUGUUUAUGUACCAUAUUCCAAGUAUUACAUUCCUGUUGUAACACCAAAUAUAAGACUUAUAUCUUAAAUUUUUAUUAUUACCUUCUGAUGACUCAAGGCCUCAACACAUCCCAUCCCUGCCUCAAACUAUCAUCUUAUGAACCUCCUAUAUAAUAGGUUGGAUAGUCAGACUGUAGUUCAUGUCAGAUUUCCUUUCCAGCCUUUUUCUUCAGCAGGAAACAGCAUUGAGACCGUGUGCUGUACUUCAAAUGAUACUUUCACUGCUUCCUUCAUUCAUUGAAUUGAUCAAGGCUUCCUUAAUACAUCCAGGCUUAAAAAAUCAAUGAAUAUAUUAGUAUGGCACACCAGUUUAAGUGCUGCAUUUAAUAUUAGCAAGACCAGCAUUGAAAUCUAUCCUUAAUCAAGGAGAUCUUGUCCCUUGCCUGUUCUUGUUGUGUAUAAUGUCAAACUAAUAUACAACAAGAACAGGCAAGGGACAGGAUCUCUUUGGUAAAAGGAUUUCAAUGCUGGUCUUGCUAAUAUUAAAUGCAGCACUUAAAUUGAUAUGCCACACUGGUUAUAGACAUGGUGUAAUACAUUUUUCACUAUAGUCUGGCUAGCUCAUUCUACGAUGUCUGUGGUUUAAUGACAGAUGGCUAUUUUUUGUAGGAAGGGUUAGCUGUAGGUACAUUUUUUGUGCAGAUGUCAUCAUGAAAAAAUGCUUUGUAUCUGGACUUUUUAAGAAUAAUGUGUAUUAAAGUUGAUGGUUCCUCUCUGCCAGCAUCAAUUCACAAGAACACUAGGCACUAAAUGUCAUACUUUGACCUAAUGUCAUCUUAUCGUCCCUGCAGAGUUGGUUGCAAUGUUACAUUUUCAGGAAGUAAGUGUCACCACAGAUGCAGCAGUGGGGCCAAAACAGAAUGACAAUGAAUGGGAGCUUGCCAGCUUGAUAAUUAUUCCAAGUAUUUUAUCUUUAAGGGGGGGGGGAGAGAAACAAUUUAUGUUUUGGUGUAAAAAUGAGGUCCUAUAUAGACAGCACGGACAAGAUUCUAUUGGUUACUGAUUCUUCAUUUGUGUGUACAGUUGCAAAGACAAAGAUAGUACUCAUUCUGUAACAUCCUAACCAAGAACAGAACAGGCCUCUCAAACCUGUUUUCAUUUUCAUUGCGAAAUGAGUGGAUCAGGAGUAUUGUCUGGAAGCACCCCUUGAUUUAGCUAGUUUUGUGACUUGGUAAUUGAACAGGCAAAACAAUUUUAAAAUACACUGUAGCAUCUGUACUGAACUUUUAAACAUUUGAAGCAUUCUUAUUGAACUGUCACAACCAUCUUUAUAAAUUACCUGAUAGAAUUUGCAAUGAUUAUAAAGAGAUGCAAAACAAUUUCACAUGAAGUUAAGACAACCUGUGGCCUCUUGAUCCGUGCAGUCUUUUGUAUUUCUUCCCCUACUUCAAUAUUUAACAAUAUGCCAUUCCUAUAUAUGUCUCAGUCUAAUGCUAACAAUAAUAGCCUGUAAGACAGUGUUUCUCAAACUUGACAAUUUUAAGGCAUGUGGACUGCAACUCCCAGAAUUCCAUAGCCAGCAUUGCUGGCUAUGGAAUUCUGGGAGUUGAAGUCCACAUGCCUUAAAAUUGUCAAGGUUGAGAAACACUGCUGUAAGAGUAGAGCUUCACUCUUGGGAAGAGGUAGGCAAGUGACUGGUGCUUUGUAUGGCCUCAGCCCACUCACCCCUUAAAAACUUGCAGCAUAUUGUAACCAGAGGAGUCAUAGGGGGAUGUCAAAAAGUCAAGAUGGUUUGUGUGAUUGUACAAUUGAAGCUGUGUGUCACAUGAUGAAAAAGAGGCAGGUACGACAUUUCCCUCAUACGAUCUUGAUUUUUUGAACAAUCCCUGCUGGUGGAUACUCUUGAUUAUCUUCUGGGUUUGUUAUUUAUCAGUAAUGACUCAGUGUCUGUCUGUGUGAAUUUUUUAAAAACACAUUUUGCAAUCAUUCUUAAGGGUUCAUUGUCUCACUGCCCAUCUAGGUGUGAAAAAGCAUCCCUUUUGCUCACAACUGGAUUCUCCCUUCCAGACAAAAUCCAUCAGAUUGAGACUACCCAGUUCCAUGUGAAGUAGAGUUGGACUGCAAGCUAAAGUGGUGUUUUAUACUUCAAAAAUUUCAAUGUGGAGUUAAAGUAUUACAGAAGUGCCUCCUUGGUGCUGUCAGAUGGCAGCUGUUUUCUAUAUGCAUCUGGUGUGCAACAUAUGAAAAAAAAGGACAGAGCUAUGGUCAUCUGCUCGUAGUUGCCAUGUUGACUUCUCUUCAAGCCCUUAUUACAAGCAUACAUGUUUCAUAUAUUUUUUUUUUGUUCUGAGGGAGAUGGUCCCAAGUUGUCUAUGUGUGCCUUUCAUGAGAGGACUUCUUUCCUUAUUUGUUACAGGCUCUUCAGUGACUGGUGGUUGGAGUGUUAGCUUAAGAGGUGGUCAAUAAAUGUAUAAAAUAUAUUAAAAUAUUUUUUGAGGUAAACAAUCUUAAAUUCAAAUUUUAAUUGUUCAUAUGACUCCAUUAUUACUUCUGCUUGAAGAACAUUGAAACUUGAAAGCUUAUCUAGGAUUUAGGUAAUUGUAUGUCUCCUUAUAAAAAGCCCCAUCUAUCUUCUAGUGUUGGCCUGUUUGUGACUUUGAAACUCAAUCCCUAGUGGGAUGUAAAGGACUUAAACUCUGUGCUAUUGGGAACAUAAAAAGAAGCUAAACCACAAGGAACCCAAACUACAAUUUCAGUUUGUGCUGUAUUUAAAGAAGCAGAAAAUGUGUCUCUCCUUUGCUCUAUCUUCCAUGUGUUCUAAGUAUCUGUCUUACCACAAUUCAGUUUUGGACUGAAACCUUGGAAAGGAGCAUGUAGAUGUGUGCAGGUGUGGAAUUUAAAACUGAACAAAAUUAAGUAGUUGGCUGUACUGUAAUACAUUGUCCUUAUCUUUUUAUGCAACUAUGUGCUGUAAAGUUUUAUUUUUCACCUUUUUCACAUUUAUUUUGUAAAUAGCUUUUAUGUGUGUAACAUAUGAUAAAGAGUUUAUAAGGAUUUUUAAGGGGAGUGGGGGAAGCCCAAGACUUUUUUUUUUUCCUUUUUAAAAUGCAAGUUAUACAACAGCAGAUAUUUUGGGUUUUUUUUUUUUUUUUAGAAAAAAACAAAACUUUCUUGCAUGGUUUGUCCCUCUUUUCAUCUUUAUGUUGUAUAAUAUAUAUGGUCAAACAAAACAAUUCUGCUUUAAACAUAGCUCCAAAAUUACAAUUAUAUAUAUAUUGGAAAUAAACUGUCUUAUUCAGAAAACAA